AUGAGACAAAUUGAAGAGGAAUUUUAUGCAGGGGCUAGAUUUCCUGGAGUGAUAGGGGCGAUUGACAGCUACCACAUCCAAAUCAGUGCUCCUACACAAGAUACUCAUAGUUACGUUAAUUGGAAGGGUUACCAUUCUAUUUUACUACAGGGUAUUUGUGAUAGCAGAUUAAAGUUUAUUGAUGUUUUUAUUGGCUUAUGUGGAAGCGCCUAUGAUGCAAGAAUUUGGGAAUUAAGUGAAAUAAAAACAUUAGCCGAGGCAAAUGAUAAUAGGUAUUUCAAUAGUUUUUACCAUCUCCUAGCAGAUAGUGCAUACCCAUUGUCUAAUAGAAUGUUAACACCUUACCGGGAUAAUGGUCACCUUAAUCAGAUGCAAAUAAAUUAUAAUCGGAAACAUACUUACAUACGUGUAAUAAUAGAACGCACUUUCGGAAUUUUAACUGGACGGUUUAGAAAAUUGAAAUAUAUUUAUAUGUACGCUACUGAAUUGAUUCCGCUUAUUGUUUUAGCCUGCUGUAUAUUACAUAAUAUCUGUAUCGAUUUUGAAGGUAAUCCAAUAGACAUAGAUGGUAUAGAUUUAGAAGAAAUUAAUAAUGAAGCUAAUAAUAUAGACUUGGAUGGUAACAUUAAGAGAGACAUUAUUGCGCAUUUAUUGUUGUAAUUUUUAUUAAAUAUUUAUU